AUUCCCAAGCGUUCAGUGAAUUUUCAGUGAAUCGCGGAUACGAUAGAAAAAUUUCAACAAAAACAUAACAAUGGCGUUAAUCUUUGGUAUCGGUUGUGUUUUGUUUUGAAAUUGUCGUAAUUGAUGCGUCGAUUAAAUAAUCUAGUGUUAAAAUUAAUCGCCGAUGAAUUAAACAUGGUGUUGUGAAUAAACUUCUACGUUGCUCAGUGUUUUAUGUGGAGUAUUGUGCGUCUAUAAUAAUCUGAUAACAUGAACGAAACCAGCAUCGCUUUAGCACGUGCUUCUGUUAUGAUAUACGAUGACGUUAAUAAAAGAUGGGUACCCAGUGGAUCGUCAUCGGGUGUUAGCAAAGUACACAUUUUCCAGCAUAAUUUCAACAACACAUUCCGAGUGGUUGGACGAAAACUGCAAGAUCACGAGGUAGUAAUAAACUGUGUAAUAUUAAGAAAUCUGAAAUAUAACCAAGCCACAGCUACAUUCCAUCAAUGGAGAGAUAAGAAACAAGUUUAUGGACUUAAUUUUAGUAGUAAAGAUGACGCUGAUGCGUUUGCCAAAGCUAUGAAUUACGCUGUCGAGACGCUUAACAAUACCAAACAAGUGAUCCCACCUCCUAUUCCAGUUUCUACGAAUAACUCGUCGCCAAACGUGGCCGUAAAUGGACAAUUUCAGCAACAACAAAUGAUGCCUCAGACGAAUGGCCAAUAUGAUGAAGAUAUGGGGUAUCGAACAAUGACUAAAGAAGACAUGGUAGUGCUGCAAGAAAGAAGAAUGUCGCAACAGUCGCAAAUUUUAAGCAGUCCUGGAAGCGUAUCAACUAUCAGCAGCGUUAGCGUAUCACCUCAAGGUCCACCAGGACAUCACAGAACAUCAUCAGCUCCACCGGCGCCUCAACCUCCUCCAUUGUUACUAUCAACUCCGCCGGUUCAACCGGUUGCUUGUGUUGCACCUCCGCCGCCUUCAGCUCCGAUGGCUCCGGCUGCUCCUGCGCCACCUUGUCCUCCUCCUUUACCUAGUAAUCUCAACAGAUCUAACGAUUCCGGAGAUAUGGGAUCGCUCGCAGCUCAAUUGCAAUCUGCUCGAUUACGUCGAUCGAAUAAUAAAUCAGCUGAAAACAGCGGAUCUUCUACUAGUAGUAGCGGUAGUAAUUAUGGUACAUUGGGUCGAGUUGGAGGUGGAAGUGUAAGUGGAGGUGGAGGUGGUAUGGCCUCCAUGAUGGAUGAAAUGCAAAAAACCCUGGCCCGAAGAAGAGCCGCCGUUGAACGAAAAGAGCCAGAAAGUGUUCAGGAGGAAAACAAUACUUCGCAAGAUAAAAAACUAUGGAAUAAUAAAAACGCAAACGGUUGUGAAAGUCCGAAACCAGCUCGAAAACAGUUCGUUUCGUCCGAAGAAUUGACCACCAAAGUAAACGGCGAAAUGAGCACCCUACCUGUUGACCUAGAAAAUCUUAAACAAGAAAUUUUCCGCGAAAUUAGAAAAGAAUUUUCGCGCAUGAAACAAGACAUUAUCGACGCGAUCAAAGUGGAACUAAGUCGAAGAUGAAGACAUAGAAAUAAUGACGUCACCGAUGCUGUAUCAUAAUAAAAAGUACGCGCAUAUUCGCAACGUAAAAGAAAAAAAUUUGACUAAAUAAAUAUUUGGGCAACAAAGUCACCCAAAAAAAAAAAUUGUUGCGAAACAAAUCGCCAGCAAAUCAAUGAAUUUCAUUGAUGUCUUAUGGUGUCAAAAAAUUGCGCGCAGGUUUCAUCCGAGAUCGUAUCAUUGUCAUGUCGGAAUAAUCGGUAUACUUACUAAUUUCUAUAAUAUUUCUCUUCUCAUAUAUUAUAUUUAACGUUGUUAUCAUUACGACUGCAAUUUUUCGUAAUCUUUUUAUUUUUUUCUCCCCCCAAGACGACAUAAGACUGGCUCUCUGCGUACGCGAUUUAUUUACAUUAUUCUUGCGUACGUGUGUAUAUAUUUUACGUGUGUAUUUUACUCUUCUCAUCUUCUUCUUCUUCUUGUUCGAAUUCGAAUGGUAUACUACAUUUACAUACUUUAGAUAUUAUUAUUAUUACGAAUUUUUUUUUACCAUAUAAAAAUGCCAUAUUAUCAUUAUUGUUAUGAUAACUCGCCCGCGUUGUGCGUGUUGUUUAAUGUAUUAUUUUUUUUUCUUCUCUCAUUUUUAUUAAUUCGCAUUUCGACAUUCUUCUUCUUCUUUUUUUUUUUGUUCUUCGCGCUCUCGAUUCUCGAUAAUAAUUUUUUAAUUGUUUCGUAAUCGCGUAUUAUUAUCCUCUGGUAUAUGUAGCUAUAUAUCGUUGUGUAGCCUACGUUGCUGCUGUAAUUUCUAUUUUAAAAAAAGGCUGUUUUGACGAAUAUUAUUGUUGAGAAAUCCCCCCCCCCUCCCCAAGUUCCCUCUCCCAAUCUUUUUUUUGUUACUUUUGUAAUAUUGUGUACAUCAAUUUUUAUUUUGUAUUUUUAUAUGUAUUUUUUUUUUCGUUCGUUUUCUUUACUCAAAGGUGUCGAUGUGUGGAUGUUUUGACAAAUCCUUCUUAUAUACAAUGUUCUUUUAAUUUCAUCCUACUCUUUUUUUUUUCUUGCGUAAUGAAUUUCCUCUUCUAGUUUUUCACCCUCUUCCAAGUUUUGUUCAACGUUGACGUUAUUGUUGUAUUUUUUCCCCUUCCAUUUGCUUCGUUUAUUUAUUGUGUGUGUGUGUGUGUCUAUGUAUCUCGCUCGUCGAAAGAAUUUUAUUUUUGUAAUCGACGUUGGUUGGAAAUUUUUAGUCAACGCUAUGAUAACGUCAUCAUUCUACCUUUAUCGACGUUUUUUUUUUAUUCGAUGCGUAGGUAUAUAGAAUUUUCCUCUGAAUACAUCCCCUUGACUCUUUUUUUUUUUCAUUUUCAUUUUCCGAUAACGAGAAAUUUCUUAUACUUUUUUUUUAUUUUUUUUUAUUUCGACGUUACGAAAUUACGUAUCUAGGUUGUUUACAAUUCGAAAUUUAUACGUAAAAGCGAGUAAAAGUUGCCGAACACUGGUUCAUUCCGCUCGUCGACGGUCGACACUCUAGCGAGGAGAUUUAUUUGUCGAGAAUGUUAUUUGUAGUUCACAACACUAGGGUAAUGAAAAGCAAUUCGAAUUUAAUUGGAGGACAUAAUAGAAUAAUGGUAAAUAUCCGGUGGUUGUGUUUUGACGAUUUGAAUUAGUCUAUAUGGCUCUCUUGGCUUUGGCUAAAUAUUUUGUGCUGUUGUGUGGCGACGAUGACAACGACCAAGACCGUUAUUAUUGCGUCGAUGUCUCGUCAAAAGCUGCUGGAUGCGGAAGGUCGAGGCAGGGGGGUGUCUUUUUCUGCUUUCGACAUCUACGAUGGUUUUUUUCCCUACCAUUGUUCACCUUGUCAAUAUUUUUUUCGCAGUUCCGUUUGCUUUUUCCAAUUCCAAGAAGGGAGAGAACGAGUGAAAGAAAUGGGUGAAGGUUUGUCGAUGCGUGAAGAACUGAAGAUGGUUUGCGACAGAAUAGCUUCGGUUCGGUGGUGUAUUGAUGGUGAUAAUGAAGUCGACUUAUUGUUUUGUCGACGUCGAUUCUGCUGGUGUUUGGAAAUGUAUCGAUUUGUGCGUGUACAAGAGAAAGGUACAGGUAAAAGACAUGUUCGAUGUAGGAUUGUAGGUAUUGUGAAAGUGUAGCGAAAAAAAACGAAUGGAAUUCGAAUCGAAUGUGGUCUCGAAGUAUGGAAUGUAAAAUACGUGUAGGCGAUAGAUCAGCGGAAGUAGAGGAGGGCGAAUUGGGCAAAUUCAGUUCGUCGUAUUCAUUAAUUUUUUUUCUUUUUUCAAGGAUGACUGAUGGGAAUUGAAGGAACUGGGUGUUAAAAAAAUUCUCAAAAUCUGAAUCAUGAAAAAAGGCUCCUCUCUGCCCUUCUUUCCAUCCAGGCAGAGACGAUUCGAAUUGGUGUUUUUUGGGUGGAAGGGGAGGAGGAAAAGAUAAUAGGUACUCGAACUUGAAAUUUAUAAAAAAAUGUUCUUCUACAUAUUUUGAGAAACGUAUUUAUUCAUUUUUUUUUAAUAUGUAAUUAUUUUUUUUCAAAAAAUAUUUUUAAAAAAAAUUGAAGAAUUUUUAAAAUUUUCUAUUUGGCAUUUUUGAAUAAUUUUUCAUGCUGUGUGAUUGAAAUUCAGCACAACUGCCGACUCAGAAAUAACUAAGGAAGAAUGGAAUUUCACCCCCCCCCCCCUUCAACUGCCUCUGCCAGCCACAGAAUUGAAGCAAAGCAGAAAAACGACGCAGGAAAUUGAUCAAGAAAUUGACAAAAUUGUAUUCUUUCGAAAAAAGCUGAGAAAAUUGUGACUUAUUUUUAGAAAUUGGGAUGAAAUAUUUGAUUUUGUGGUUGUAAAAGUUGAAAUUUUGAGCUUUUAAAUUGAGGUGUUCAUUUUUCAAGUCCUUUUUCGUAUUGUGGAUUUUUUUGAUGCAUUUUUGUCUACCUCCCCCACCUUUUUUAUUCCCAUUCUGGAUAACGAGAAAUAGCUAUAUUUUUUUCGAAUCCCUGCAGAUGUGAAAUUUUGUUUUUUUAAAAAUCGAUUGAUUAAAAAUGAUCGAUUUUAAUAACCUAAGUGGAAAAAAAUUUGAUUUUUCGUGAUAGAAAUUUUUCAAAAAAAGAUUGAAUUUUUGACCAAAAUGAAAAAUUUGGUAGAAAAUGAAAACAAUUUCCAAAAUUUUUAGUUCAUAACUUAUGCAGUGUUUUUUUCUUGAAAUAUUGACAGUUUGUUGAAUUUAAAAAAAAUUUGAUUAUUUCAACUACUUAUUUUAUUUCAUUUUAUUUUUUUUUUGGAAAUUGGGUUGAAAUAUUUUGAUGUUGUUUUUGUGAAAGUUGAAAAUUGGAAUUUCAAGGUUUUCAUUUUUCAAGUGCUUUUCUUCCAUAUUGUGGAAUUUUUGCCCCCCCCCCUCCAGAUGUGAAAUAUUUAAUAUUCUACAAAAAAAUUACCUGAUUUUUUUGAGACUGAAGUUUUCAUGAAAAAAAGAACAAAUUUUUAAACAGAAUAAAAAAUGUUUCCAAAAUCUGAAUUUUUUUCAUCAAUUUUGAAUUUUUUUUUCUUCUUUGAAAUUGCACAAUAUUUUGGAGAUUGUAUGAAAAUUUACAGCUUAUUGAAAUAAAAAGGAAUUUUGAUUGAAAUUUCUGUUGAAAAAACUUUUUUCUAGAAAUUGGAGUGAAAUAUUUGAUGUGGUAGUAAAAAUUUGGAAAUUGAAAUUUCUGGGUAGAUUUUUGCCCCAUUCCUCCCCUCUCUUUCAUUCCUGUUCUGUACAACGAAAGGAUGCAGUUUUUAUGAAUAAAAGAACAUAUUUGUGAGCAGAAUGAAUUUUGUUUAAAAUUUUGACUUAAUUGAUUUUUAAUGAGAAUUUGAAUGAAACUUUAUGGCCUUUUUUCACUUGUAUCAUUUAUUUUUAAAAAAGUUUUAUUUUGUAACCAAGGUCAUGAUUUUAAUUUCGUUCUAAUUUUUUCAUAACUAUUGAUGAAUUUUUAAAAAAAUCUGUUAAAAAUAUUGAUGUUUCAUAAAUUGAUUUUUUUUUCAUGCAAAUUACGUAAAAACUUCGUGUGAAAUUUGAGUAUUUUCUGUUGGAAAAUAUUCUGACUUUUUUUCUAGCGUAUUUUUUGUUUUUUUUUUCUAAUUUUUUUUUAGAUAUUUGUAUGAUUUUGUGCAAAAUAUUCGGUUGACUUAAUUUUUAAGCCGAAAGUCUUGCUCUACUCGUUGAAAAUUUGUUACAAAUCCAUUUUUGUAGCAAUUCAUUGAUUACAAUAAAGAAAAAAAAUCGAGGAAAAUCCAAGAAAUCUAUCAACACUUUCAAAUUUCAAAACAUCAACUUUUCUACGAAAAAUGGAGAAUUUAUUACUCAAAUUUGAACAAAAAAAAAUCGUAAAAAUCGUAAGAAAAUAAUUCAAAAUUUUGAGGUAUGAAUUUUUAUUCAGAGGUCUAAUGGAAUUUACUACUCAAAAUAUGGGAAAAAAUUACGAAAUGAAAUCAAAGGGAGGAGAAAAUCUAAAAAAUGAUACAUAAAUGAAUUUCCAAGGGGGGGGGGGGUAUAUCAUCUGAGAAGUUCAUCGUGAAAAUAUUUCCAAAUUUUAAAAGAUGAAUUUUUUGAAAAAUGGCAAAAUUUAUUGCUCAAAAUUUAGAAGACUUUUUUGGUGUUUUUUCCAUUUUUUUUUUUUUUUUUUAGGAAUUUGCUUUUGCUAGUUUGGUUUAAAUUCGCCUGAUGAGCAUUGAAAUAGAACUUCGGUGCUUGGAACCCUUCGAGAUCGAGUUUUUCGUUUUCUUUUAUAAAUAAUGAAAUUUUUUUCUUCAAAAAAUUUGACGAAACAUUCAAAAACUGAAACUGAAGACCUAAAAUUUUAUUUUUUAAAUUUGCACCCCCGUUUUGAAUUAUAAUUUGAUUUUUAAAAAUUCAAAAUUGUGUGACCCUCCCUCCCUUUUGCUCUCUUUGAAGUUGGUAUUUUUAAAAAUAUUUCCUCUAUUCGAUGUUUUCAUCGGAAAUUUCCAUUUUCUUCGAGCGAACUAUACCAGAGUUCGGUAAAUUUUACUCGCUGUUUUAAACAAGUAAAAAAACGUGUGAAUUUCGACUCAAUGUGCUCAAUGAUUUGCUCAAUUACGCAGUCUGUUUGUCCCGCUUGAGUGUAGAGAGAGAGAUACCUUCUGUGUACAUUAUUUUUCUCCCUAUGUGUACUCAAUUUUUCCCCAUUAUUUUUUUUUCUAUUUUCAUUCCCUAAGUAGAUAAAUUGGUGCUCUGAUCGUUGAUUCUCGUUGUUCUUCAAAUCAUCCUUGUGUAGGCAUAAUGUUAAUCGAACAAACGUUUACAAUUGCAAGGUGUUCGAGAAAUUAUGUUAUUUUGUCGCAGCAUUCCAUAAAAAAGCUAUUAUCUCCGAUCGAUGGUCAAUUCGACUUUUGACGUUUUUUCUCAUUUUGAACUACAUUGAAAAUUUUUUUCAUUCAGUUUGGACGACUCGUUGAUCUCAUUUUUUACCUCUAAAGGUAUCUAAUACGUAUAUGAAAAUAUCGGCUGAUUUUUUCGAACACCUUGUACUCGUAUUUCUCCGAAUAGUAUUUUAAUAUUGAACAAAUUCGUAUAUUUAUAAAAAAUUUUCAAAUCGAAACGAUGAAACUAUAACCGUAUUAACAAUGCAUUUUUUUUUUAGUAAUACUCUUGGAAACUGCCAUUGGACAAGUACUUAAUGGAUAAAUUCUAAUUCAUUAGUGUAUAUUAUUAUUUUUUUUCAUUUUAUUUUUAUUUUUCCAUACUGUUUUACGUUUGGUAUCAAUCAUUUAUAUUUUUUAUUUAUUUUCUAAUUUUUACGAGUAUUUUUUUUAACGACGAUUUUUUUUUACGAGACGAUAUUUUUUUACGAGUAUAGUUAUUUUAAUUUGUAGAACAAAUGCGCGGAAUUUGUAAUUUUCAUUUUCCCUUCGUUUUUGUUUUCUUACUUAGUCGUUUUCACGGCGUAAAAUUAUUAGUCUCAUUGUAUAUUUCCUAUUUUCUAAUUUUGAUCGUGUGAUUUUUUUUUUAUAAUCGACACUGUGAAUAUUUAUUUGUACGAUACGCUGGAAAGUUGAAUUUUUCUGUUUUUUUUUUUUAGGUGAAUUACUGCGCCGCUUAUACGCGUUUAUGUAAAUGUAUGUGUAUGUGUAUGUUAGAUAUAUGUUGUAUUACUUUUGGCGAAUAGGGCGCGCAGAAUGGGGCGAGACUAGUCAUUUAAAAAUUAUUGUGCGGCAGACCGCAGCUGCAGCAGCCGGAUUUAGCGUAGUGAUUUUUAUUCAGAUUCACCUUGGCAUAAAUAUUGCGUGUAAUUCAAAUAUGUCGUCGUAUAAUACGCGAUCUUGGUUAGUGAUUUAACUAAGCCGACAGAAUGAUAAUAAAAAAAUUAAAAAAAAAAAAUACUCGACCUAGAGAACACGAUACUAUGAUACGCUCUACACAGUGAAACGGAUAAAAUACGAGAACCGAGUCGUUACCCUAUAAAUUGUAAGCUUUUUAAUGAGCAAUUUAGUAUAAAUACUAUACGAAGACUGGGAUAGAGUGUGAAUGGCGACGUCUACGUCGACGUCGACAUCGUCGCAGACGCCAGGAGAUGGCGUUCUAAUAAAAAAAAAUGCCAUAUUAAUAAAUUAUUAGAGAGACUGCUAAUGCGUAGAUAUUAAUUGAAAAUUCAACCCUAAUUUACGAUACGACUGGUAGGUUUACAGACUGCAUAUCCAUUUUCUUCGCGAGUCGAAGAAAAUGUACGUAUUCGAAAAGGUCGCUUAUACGACGAGAUUUUUUGGUUUUGUAUCACGACUGUGAGUUCGAUUCUUUGCAAAUGAGGCAUUUUUUUAUGCGACGAAUUUUGCAACGAAUCGUACUUACGAUGUAUUGGCACUUUGUUUUCGGUUUGUUUUAACCUAGGAUAUUGAUGUUUUAAGUGCUUGAGUAGGUUUAGUAGUAUGAUGACUUGAUUCGUGUGUCGAAUUGUGUACAUACUAUUUGUAUAAAAAAAUCAUCAGUUCCACGUCGUUCGUUUGUUUAUUUUUUAUUUAUUAUUUUUUUUUAAAAUUACGCCAGUCAUUCGAUUUUUUUUUAAGUUAGUAUUUUACCAUUUACGAAUUUUAAUACAUCGUAUAAAUACCUA